CACACCCCGCCGCCGGCAUGCCCGCGGCCGAUGCCGUGCGCCGGACGGCCCGGCCAUGGCGUUCCCGGUGCUAUGGCAGCGAACGUCGCGAGUUAGCGAAGCCAUCAGAAGCAGGAGCUCACCGGGUUCCGUGUGAGGGGUUGGACGACGAGGACAAGGACCGGAAGUGUCCGGCAGUGGUGGUAGGUGGAGCUCGGCUUGGACGGUAAUGCCGUUGCAUGAUCUGAAAUUCCCGGUAAGGGAGCGGCUGAGUUGGAGGUGGAAGGCCUCGGGGAGUGAGCUAGGGGGGUCGUGGUGCCAUUGGUGCGAGGGAUUGGAGAGAGAUGGCCCGAGUUGGCCGGAUUUUGGUCGCCCGCGGCGGUUCUGCUUGAUCUGUGGAGAAUCUGCUUGAGCAGGAGGUGAGGCUACUCGCCGCCGCGGCUAGGCUGCAGCUGCUGGCCGCGUGUACCUCAAUGAGGCCGUCUUGUGCUGGUACCAACCAUCGAAUUGGAGAUGGAUGAGGCUGCAGUAGGUAUUGUGCUUGGAGCACUGGUUGUGUCUGCAUGUGCUUGCCAAGAUCAUGAGACAUGGCGUGUUUGGUGCUGGGGAUUUGGAGGAAUCAGCGUGUUGAUUUGCGUCAGGAGAAGAACGACAGGGAGGGGAGGAAAGGAGAUUGCCGCAGUUGAUGCUCAGCUUGGUUUGGGAGCAAAUCAUAUAGAUCGGCCGGGCAAGAUUGAUGGCCUGCAACUAAGCUACUGCUAAUUAAUGCUUUUGAUUCGUUGGGGGCAAAGCAAGAAGGGAGAUGAACUGCUGCUGUUCUCAAGUACCUUGUCGUUGCUCUUGGCUGGAGGUGGAAGAAAUGCUGGGGCAGCCUAGUCAUUUCGCAUGGCUGAUCCAUGCUGGCAUGAGGAGGUGGCUUGCCACGUCGGCAAAAUUGGCAAAUAGUUUGCUUCGUGCGUAGAGGAGUGGCAAAUCUUAUGACCCAAAAUAAGAGUAGUAUGCCAAAGUAUUAUUGCAUUGGUAGCAUCCGAAGCGUUUGUCUGAUCAUCUACUCCUACUUUGGAAGAAAGGGAUGUCUACGUGAUACUAUAGCUGCUAGGGUUUCGAUGGCAUCCGGUGAGGGCAAGAAGAAGAUGAUCACUCUCAGGAGCUCCGACAACGUGGAGUUCGAGGUGGAGGCGGCGGUGGCGAUGGAGUCACAGACCAUCCGCCGCAUGAUUGAGGAUAACUGCGCCGAUAACAGCAUCCCGAUCCCCAACAUCAACUCCAAGCUCCUCUCCAUAGUCAUCGAGUACUGCACCAAGCAUGUCCACACCACCAAGCUUGAGGAUGCCGCCGCUCCCGCCCCCGCCAACACCGCUAUCAGCGGCGAGGACCUCAAGAAAUGGGACGCUGAGUUGGUCAAGAUCGAUCAUGCCACUCUCAUCGACCUCAUCGAGGCUGCCAACUUCCUGGAGAUCAAGGGUUUGCUGGACCUGACCUGCCAGGCGAUGGCUGACAUGAUCAAGGGCAAGAGUCCAGAGGAGAUCCACAAGACGUUCAACAUCAUGAACGACUUGUCCCCUGAGGAGGAAGAGGAGAUCAUCUGGGACAUCCAGUGGGCUCUCGAGUGAUGGCUGCUUAAUUCAUUCCGUGCUUGGAAGAAACAAGUGGGUACUGCAAAUGCUGCUAGUACUUAUCAGUGCUAGUUCUGCUACUAUCUGGUCGUAUGGUUGUGAUAAAUUGCGUUUGGUGAACCUACCUAGUAGCUAGGUGGUAUUAGAUGGAAGUUAAACUGAGUGGCACUGCCAUGUAUGUUCGAAUCGGUUAUAUAUUUGCAGCAUCUUGUUGUUGUUUUUA